CCUUUAGCCCAUUCCGACUCCAACUGACUAGAGAAAGUGGUCCAGAGUGCGGAGUGUGAAAUUCGCUGCUGUGCCAGACAUGGCAGGCUUUGCGAGCAAGUUGAGCUCUUACUCCUUAGUGCAGUUGAACGAACUCCUCGAAGAUGACGAGAAGCUCAAUCAAAUUAUAAACGACAUGGAGGAGAUUAAAGGUCUACAACAGAACAAGGAGUUGACAUUGGCUGGUAACCGCACUCUGGCUGAGCAAAACCUUGAACUCCAGCCUAGGCUAGACCACCAAAAAAAUGAGCUUACCAAACGGUACCAGUGCCUACAAGAAGACUUUGAGGCCUAUCAGCUGCGCAAGUCCACUCUAGACCACAAGUCUGGAAACACUUCUUUGGACACAUUGCUUGCACUUCUACAAGCGGAAGGGGCCAAAAUCGAGGAAGAAACUGAGAACAUGACAGAUUCUUUCCUUGACGGUGCAACCCCCCUUGACGCAUUUAUUGAUGAGUACCAGACUAAGAGGAAGCUCGUGCACCUGCGGAAAGUGAAAAUUGAGAAGCUUCGGGAAAUAGUGCUAAAGGGACCCCAGGUAGCCCCGGCCGCACCUCAGCCUUCUCGCUCUCAGGACCUUUCCUCCGUGCCAACAGCUCUUCAAAGAGAAGUCAAUGGCUCCCCAUUGCCGAUGCCCCGCAGGGCUCCUCCUCUUCCCCCUCUUAAAGUUACCCAAAGUCCCACUGUCCAGCCACCAGCAGCUUUCUCUUACCCCUCUCCGUCCCCGUUUCCCCCUACCUCUCCAUACCCCCCUAUUCCUCCAAGAGUCGGAAAUACACCAACCAGUCUUAAUCAGGGAUACCCCAACAUAUAUAUGCAGCAAUACCCCCCACCUGUGCCCCAGAGACCCCCACCACGCAUGGCACCCCAGCCAGGUUUCAUAAUGCAAUGAGUGGAGGAAUAACGAUCAGUGGAGAAGAAACAAUAUGUACACUGGACGUUCAUUCAAGCCUUUUGUAGGUCCUUCAAGCUGCAUAUUGUAUAACAUUGCGUGCCAAGAUGGAGUUUUGUCAUAUACAAUAAUUUAACAGGACAAAUCUGCAGACAAAUGGGUAUCUACAACUGGGACCUUUAAUGUGCACUUUAGACUUUUUUGUGUAUUUGAUCAGUCAGCGCUGGUAACAGAGUCAUUUUUCAUAUUCUGUACUCUGAUAAAUUCAUUGCUAAGUCAAAUUUAAAAUUUACAUGAGCUACAUUAGUUUAGCACACUUGAAAAUUUCUAAAUUGAGGAUCGGCAGUGAUGUAAGGCAUCUUAGUUAAUCCUCAUAUGCUAAUGCUAAUAUAAUUCACCCACUUUAAUAUCAUCUGACAUUUCAUAAUUGACAAAAGCUGCUUUAACGUUGAUGAAGGUGAUGCCUAUGCAAACGGGCUGAGACUAAACCCUGUCUAGUUCGCGGGGGGAUUUUAUCACUGCAUCCAGUUCUUAUGUGCUUGUGUUGUUAGCCAUAGAGCAGUGAUUUCAUACCAGUUUAUUUUUAAAAGUUAAGUAUCACUUUGAGUACAUGUGGGUGAAAACAUUUGGUACUAAUGUGGUUGAUGAAGCAGAGAUUAGAGGCUACUGCUAUACAAUAGGAGGACCGCAAUGCCUUAUGUAUCUUAGAUAUGAGCAAAUUCAUUCUGACGGAGGGAGUUAAUUAGCUUAGAUUUGAAAAACGUGUGAGGGAAGGAGACUGUGUGUACGUGGGGAAAUGUGUAAAUUAGUUAUAUUUAGUAAAUGAGUCAUGUAAGUGUGAACAUUUGUGAGGCAUAUGUGCUUGUACUGUCUUAUCCAACAUACUUAAACAGAUGCUCUAUGCAUAAUGUACAAUUUAUUGUUUAUAUCUAACACCAUUAAUCAUCCAUGUGCUUUUUUGCCAUCUGGUUUAAAAAUGUUGAUUUUAAAUAAGUGCUUCCUUUUCAUAAACCUUUUUAUGUCAGUCUAUAUUGAAACCUUGUUAGAUAAUAUAGCCAUACUAUUGUAACUUAUGUUUACCAUUAAUCUUAACUUUUUCUGCCUCAUCAGGUCUGUUACAUAUCCAUGUCUUGUUCCAUCUAUAAUAUAACUUCAAUAUGUAUAAUAGCUUCCAUUUCUGUAUAUAAAUAUUUAUGGUUGGCAUUAUCUGUGACUGAAAUAGCCACUUUGUGCCUAUGGUGGGUAGAAGGAGGACUUGGUUACUGUGGUGACCAGUGUGUUUUGUGCUUAUAUCUCUUUGCCUUCCCACUCAAUAACUAAUGAUCUAAAAUUUCUAGAAUGCAAAAAUCUGUCUUUAAAAAUAUGCUGUUUAUGCAGGUACAUCCUUACAAGUGUCCUUUCAUUUAGCUGUGUAUGUUAGAGCCAUAAUUACAUUGUCACACAUUCAGGAAGUUGAUGUCAUAGAAACAGGAAGAGUGCAACUUUGUUUAGGUGAAGUCCUCUCUUUAAUCAUUGGUGCUGCUACAUUUAUCUGUCAACAGAAUCAUUUAAUCAAUGAGAUCUCUUUGGCUCUGUUUGAAUUAUAUCACGUUGUGUUUGUCAGUCUUGGCCGUCUGUUUUGUUUAAAUGCACCAGAAUUAGGAGUAGAAACAUUUGAGUACAGUGACUUAAUACCUGAAACACUGUGUACUUUAAUGGGCUUGCCAACCAUCUGGAAAAAACAGCUUUUGUGUCUCUCUUUGUUUUAGAAAUAAUUACAAUGCCUAGAUUUAUAACUUGUUACUUGGUUGAAUGCUGUUGGUGAUAUAAAAUAGUGUUUUGAACUCUCAUAAUGUGUAAUAUGCAGACUAUUCUGUUCUAGUUGUUCUACAUUGAAAGUGAAAUAAAUAGUAAAUGUAACUGACAUUUCUAUUUUACAGAUAAUAAAAUGUAUCUAUAGA